CUUUACUCCUUACACUCUUGUGCGAUGUUUGUGUACAGCUGUACUGCGAAUGGAUUAGUUGCGUGGCACAGACCGAAAUCGUAGGUUGAGAUUUACGUGCGCCGGCAAUUUAUGUCUUCACUUAAAAAAUCCGUACAAUGCACGCUGAUGCGUGUUUAUAACAUUUGUCACGUUUUGCGGAUGUAAACUCUCCUAAAAAUACUCGAAAUACACCGAAGAAUCUUGUUUAUACAUCAAUUUAUUUAUAUUUAGUUUAGUUAACUGUUUUCAACUGGGUUUUGUUGCAUUUUUGAGAGAUUAAACAUGCAGGUGCAACAUUUAUUAUUACUUUUCUCGAUUUGUGUACAACUUGCUCUUCCUAUCAUUGCCAAAAAUGGCAAAUCUCCAGUUAUUGACAACAUUAGUGACCACAAAGAUUAUAAGAAGCUGUUACGAACCAAGAAUAAUGUUUUAAUUCUCUUCACAAGCAAUCAGAAGCAAAGUGCAGAUAUUAUCAAAGUAUUUCGGGAAACAGCUGCUGCUAUCAAAGGAUUGGGCACAAUGGUGUUUAUUGAUUGUUCAGGUGAUUCUAAGAAAAUGUAAAAACUUAAAGUGAAUCCAGAACCACAUAUAAUCAAACACUACAAAGAUGGAGAAUUUAAUAAAGACUAUGAUAGAAGAGAUACAGUUAGUUCAAUGGUGAACUUCAUGAGAGAUCCAACUGGUGACAUUCCAUGGGAGGAGGAUCCUCUAGCAUCACAAGUUCACCAUAUAUCAGAUGCCACUUCGUUGGCGAAAUUUCUCCGAAGAGAAUCGAAACCUAUCAUGAUAAUGUUCUACGCGCCAUGGUGCGGGUUUUGCAAAACAUUGAAACCUGAAUAUGCGGACGCUGCCAGCGAGCUGCAAGGCAUUGGAAUUUUAGCAGCGAUUGAUGUCAACCGGCCGGAAAAUACAAUCGUGAGGUCACAGUACAACAUCACCGGAUUUCCGACACUAUUAUAUUACGAGCACGGCGUUUUGAAAUACACGUAUGAGGGUGACAAUACAAAGAAAGCGAUCGUUAGCUUUAUGAAUGACCCACAACCGACUGUGAAGAUCAAGGAACCCGAAUGGUCUGACACUGAUAGCGAAGUUGUGCAUUUGACGUCGACCAGUUUUGAGCCAGUGCUCAAAGAGGAAGCUUCGGUUUUGGUGAUGUUUUAUGCUCCUUGGUGUGGACACUGCAAGAGAAUGAAGCCAGAGUAUGAAGCUGCGGCUGCACAAUUAAAGCGUGAUGGGAUUCCUGGAAUGUUGGCUGCAUUAGACGCGACAAAAGAACAAUCAGUUGCGUCACAGUUCAAGGUGAAAGGCUACCCGACAGUGAAAUACUUCAGCUACGGCGAAGAAAAGUUUGAUGUGAAUGUCCGCGACGCACCUAAACUAGUGGCGUUCAUGACGGAUCCAUCGGAGCCACCAGCGCCGCCACCACCCGAGAUUCCAUGGUCUGAAGAACCCGGAAACGUCGUGCAUUUGGACGAAAAUAGUUUCAAACCGUUUUUGAAGAAAAAGAAGCAUGUGCUGGUCAUUUUCUACACACCAUGGUGCGGGCAUUGUAAAAAAACAAAACCUGAAUUCAGCAAAGCCGCCAAUAAGUUCGUUGACGAUCCAAAGGUAGAAUUUGCCGCUGUCGACUGCACUACAAGCUCAGCACUAUGCCACGCCAACGACGUGAAAGGAUAUCCAACGAUUAAAUAUUUCAGUUAUUACUCAAAGCGAGUGGUACAAUAUCGCGGUGGACGCACAACCGAAGAGUUUGUUAAAUUCAUGAUUGAUCCUGAGGCGGGUACUGGUGCUCCACCAGCGCUUCCACCUGGCGCUUCAUGGGGUGAAAUAAAAGGUGUGCUACAUCUUACUGAUAAUACAUUUAGCAAGUCGAUCAGCACGAAAGAACCUGUGCUUGUCAUGUUCUACGCACCGUGGUGUGGUCACUGUAAACGCAUGAAACCUGAUUACACCAAGGCGGCUGAGGAGUUGGGUAAUGAAGGCGCCACUUGCAAAAUGGCGAUGGUGGAUUGCACGCAGAAUCCGGAAGUUACGGAAACCUAUGGGAUCAACGGAUUUCCGACGAUUAAACUGUUCAUGAAUGGUAAGUAUGUGGAGGAUUAUCAUGGGUCGAGGACGACUGAUGAUUUGAAGAGUUUUAUGAAGCGCAUUGCGGUGGCGCCCAGGACGGAACUCUAAGAGUAAACUUAAAUUGAUGUUAAUUUUAUAUGCUGAAAUUUUCAAUUCCAAACUCAUACAUUCUAUUACUACACUAGCAGCAAUGGAAAAAAGUGUCAUGUUGUAUGUUUAUUGUUUCUAUAAUGCAGAAAAUUGUCUCAUUCUGAUUCGUGAAGAAUUAGAUUCUAUCUGCUGUAUGAAAUAUGUACAAAUUCUUGAAGUGAGUUUUAUUGUCAAAUAAAUAUUACACACAUUAAAUCAUUACAUAUGUAAUGUACCUGGUAAAUUUGAA